GUCCUUCUUGGGACACCCUGAUAAAGACAAUGCGGCUCAUCAGAAUUUUUUGUGUGUGAUUAUUUUCCUUUUUCCACGGCAGUCAGUGCUUGAAAUUGUUCUAAAUCACUCGCAAUGUUUCCCAAGAUUUUCUUAGUAAUCUCCCUCCUGUGCCUCUGCUUCUAUCUCUAUGGCUUUCUCACUCUUCUCACCAACUCGGAGAAGAAUUUAUGCAAAAUGACGUACAUGUAUGAAUAUCCACAGUUUGUGCGUAUUAACUUCAGAGAAAAUAAGAGAUUUCCUAAAUAUAAUUUAUACGGAUAUGCAGAGGGGCAUUUGACGGAAUUUGCGAGAAAUGGUGACUGGAAUGGGGCACCUGUUCUCUUUAUCCCCGGCAAUUCCGGUUCAUACAAACAGGCACGAUCACUGGCUUCUGUAGCUCUGAGAAAAGGCUUAGACAACAAUUGGGCUCACCAUCUGGACUACUUUACGGUAGACCUAAAUGAGGAGUACUCCGCCCUGUUUGGUGGUGUGCUAGAGGAGCAAACGGAAUUUGUAGGACAAUGCAUUAAGGAGAUCCUCAAUUUGUACAGUAGAUUGCCAAAUAGACCACGAAGCAUUACAAUAGUUGGGCACUCCAUGGGUGGGACGAUUGCCUACGCUCUCCUCCGAAAUACCGAAGUUGCACCACUCAUUGGGACAAUUAUAGCUCUCUCAGCACCGCUGGAUAAACCCGUGAUUAAUUUUGAUGUCUUCAUUAAUGCCUUCUACCGCAGCAUUCGUGAGAAAAUGCAAGAGAGCCGGCAAGUUCGAUUAAUUGGAAACCAUACAAAUACUUGCUGUGCUAACAAAGUAUCCAGAGCACCGCAGAAUUUACCUCCAAAAGGAUUCGAUGACAAGUUGUUAAUAUCAAUUGGUGGCGGAAGUAGGGAUAUAAUAGUCCAUGCGGGGCAUUCAGAUAGUAUUUAUAGUGAUAUUCAUGCAAUGUCCACAUCAAUUCCUCUGGUUUGGCUCACAACGGAUCAUCUGUGUGCUGUUUGGUGCCUCCAAUCAGUUUUAGUGCUCAACAGAUUUCUCUACAGCACAAUAAGGCCUGUAAAAGGUCGCGAAGCAUAUGGGAAAGGCCAUCAAUUUAUUGACGACAAAGAGGAAAAAUUAGCCAAAGCUCUUCACUAUUUUACCAACAAAUCCCCCGCUGAAAAGCAUCACAAGGAAGUUAUUCUCGUGAGUGGAGACAAAGUUGGUGAAUGGAUUGAAGAUUCCCGCAGAGUUUUUACUCAUCAAUUCAAGAAUGGUCUCAAUACGACACGAUUCCAAAUGAUUCGUCUCAUAGACUUACCCCAGUACCAACUGCUCAAUGUUGAAGCAAUAAAUCUCGCAGAUAAGGAUUGGGUAUUUGGUUGUGCAGCACUUGAUGUUCUUAAAACCAUGAGAUAUUGUGCGAAGGCCGUAUCAAUAACAGAAUAUGCAGAAAAACUUCCAUCCCUAAAACACGAAAGAUUUCAUCUGAGGUUGGAUUUGAAGAAGUUGAAAGCAAAACAUCCUGAGUGGACACACGUAGUUAUUGGCAUUUGGCCAACAAAACAGCCAGUGCAAAUAAAUGUUGACAUUCAUGCAGAGGGUGAUCGCGAAGUAAAGACAUCAAUACAGAAAUGGUACCACUACACUCCUCAGACGAUUAUUGAGGACACAAUUCUCGGGAGCUCCGUCUACAAGUUAUCAAUUCACGGCCUCGAGGAAUCGCAUCAAGCAAUGGAGUUAGUAGUUAAGCCGAAAUCUUGUUCGAAACCGGGAUAUCACAGCGUUGCCAAAAUCUGCGUACCAUGGACUGAAGGGUUCGAUCGUUAUCACUAUUUUACCGAAUCAUCACACGAUUCUCUCUUUUUGUAUGUUCCCAAAUCAAAGCCUAAUGGCUACAACUCCACCAUUAAUCCCGUCACUGUGCUACUGCACUUAGAUCCCAAUUGCCGCUAUAGAGUUAGCUUGAGAAAUUCCUUCGGAAUGACAAUGGCGAUGAUUGUUCAACAGUAUUCUCAUUGGUUGAUAGCUCAUCUCGCAGCUAUUCUCUUUCUUUCGCUGAAAUACCAAAUUUCCCUAACUCCAGGCUUAGAACCCUUCAAAUGUGGUUCUCUCCGGAGUGCCCUAAUUAAAUCAACUCCAUUUUUCAUUGUCUCAGCAUCGCGGGUAUUUAUAAAGGUAAUCCUUUGGACUAAGCAACUCCCUGAUCCCGAUCCUUAUGACCAGUCUGUCCUCAUCUCAGUAAUUAUUCACGGUUCUGGUGUUGCUCUUCUCUACAUUUUAGUUUCAGGUUCAUGGGCAGUAAUUUGCUUUAUGGGUGAAUUUGUCCACAAGAUUCUCCUACGUGUGAUAAAAUUGCCCAUUCCUUCUGCAGCUUCUCUUGUUAUUUCGUCAUUUGAAAAAUUUCCCCUUUCUGCCAUUGUUAUUCUUCUCUCAAUUGCUACAGCAUCUUGUGGUGCUCUAAGUCUAAUUUUAGCUUGUUUCAUCUACUUUGGUCUCAUCACAAAAAUGUAUGAGGGCUACCUUGAGGAAUUUAUCUUCAAUACAGCUAAAGAAAUUGCAGAAAAACUCUAUGGGCGGUGGAGGAGACGUACAAGUGGUGCCGUAGAAGGGGAAACAAAUCCAAUUGCUAGCACCAUUGAGGGGGCAAUUGAAAAUUCAAAUGUUGAAUCAUUGGAGAAUUCCGAAGCGUCUCCAGAACAGGAUGCAUCAGGUAAUCCUGAGGAAACUGAACCUCAACCCGUUCCUGAAGCAAUUGAAGCAAAUGCAGAAAAUGUAACUUCUGCGGAAAGCACGACAGAUAGUCAAGUGAAUAGUAGUGAUACUAAGGAGGAUCCUGAACUCAAUAGACUCCUUGAGGAUUCCUUGAGGCAACAAAUGAAGUAUGAGGAGAAACGGAAAAAGGACGAAGAGGUUCUCCGUGUGGAAUACGAUGCAAUCCCCGAGGGUCUGAGUAGCAUAAAUUUUCACCUUUGCCUCUUCUUCAUUCUCCUCUUGCUUACCUUCAUUAAUCUACCGACUGCCCUCACGUGGAGCAAAAAUUAUCCAUUCGAGAAGGUGCUCUCAAAUGACCCGUCCUUCAUACCUGCCAUCAUUGUUAUUCUCUCACUUGCCCCCCUUUGGCAACUCUCCACGCCCAGGAGUGUCCACGGGUACAGGACUAUGGGGUGCAUUCUCUAUGUAGCUGCUGCCAUCUGCAUCUUGUAUUGCCAGGAUUCUCUUUAUCGCAUAAAUGGGGUCAUUUGUGGGAUUUUUGCUACCAUCAGUAUUCAGCAGACUUUCUCAACACGAAUCCAAGACGGUUUACGCGAGACCAUCAAUACCGCUGAUAGGAUCUACCUCGAUCGAGUCAAAAGUUUUCUCAGUGGCGAUAUUUAAGCAUAAUAGUGACCUUUUGAUUGAUUUUUAACCACUCAAAUCAGUAUUGAUUUUGCCUGUUUCAUUGUAAACCAUGUUAGAAACUCUUUUAAGGAAAAAAAAAAGUGUUUUUCAGUUGUUUGCUAGUUGAAAUCUUACUUAGAAAAUAUUUUUUUAUUACUACAUUGCAGUCAAUUAUUAUUAUUUUAUUUUUUUAAGCAUAGAAAUGCGAAAGAAGUAAAUAAAUUUAGUAUUUCAUUUACCGUGACUAAAGCUUUCUACUUUUGCUUGAAACUUAUAAAAACAAAUUAAAAUUUACACAAUAGUUAAGUCAUUACUACUUAAGUUUUUCUUGUUUAGUUGCAAUUUUAAUAAUUUUUUGAGUUUUUAUCAAUGACUCUGUUUUGUGAGCUAGUCAAUAUUGAAGUUACAUAGAUACCUACCUAAUAUUUUUUGUCAUUACCCUAUCACAAGAAAUUUAAAAUGAAAUUAAUAAAAAAAUAUAUAUAAAAACCAUCAAAGAGAUAAUUUUCAUUUUUUUUUUAAGAUCAGAGAGGAAUUCACAGGCACGUGGCAGCUAUAGCCAUUUACUAGCCAUGCUAAAAAAAUCUUUAUGCCGAAUUAAUUUGAAUAAAAUCAAUCACUUUCUAUCACGACCCUAUUGAUUUUUUUUAUGUGAGAUUGAGGAAGAUGAAUUGGAAAGAAUGAUAGUAAUACGACAUUAUUAUAAUAUUUAAUAAAAUAUAAUAUUUACGUAAGGGUUUUUAAAUAUUACAAAAGCUGUAAUUUUAAAGUAAAUAUAACUGUGUGGAAAAACAA